AAUAAAGAAAAUACCUGAUAAUUCACACCAAAUAUAACGACCAAGGUAAGCAUAGCAGAGCAAAUCGAUGAAUAAAUGUCAUCAUCGUGGCUCAUUCGGUCCGUGAUCGAAGUUUGCUCUUUGUGGCUGUCACGCUGUUGCUCAAUAUACGAAUAAGCGGCAGAUGUAAACAAAGAUCUCAACAGCAGCGGUACGGUUGCAUGUCAACUAUGCAAGAAGGUAAUCAGAAAUACGUUACUCGUCAUUUCGUCUACAGUGAUUUUGUAGCAUUGAGUAUCGUGUGGAAAGACAGAGCGAAAAAUGGACUAGGUCAAAUAGACCGAGUGGAAUAGCUGAGCUUGUUACAGCAAUGGAAAACGAGAAGAGUGGACGGAGAGUAAGCUCAUCGUCUGAAAACUCGUCGAGCGGUUUGCUGACUGAUUUCGAUAGCGACAUUAGAUCUACUGGGCAAUCUACACCAGCAGCAUCGAAGCCAAGUACAAGUUUCGGACCGAAACGCCAAAUCAGAAGAAAGCGGAGACGAAUGUCGUUUCCCACCGAUAACGAAGAAGGGUUUGAUCAACAUUUUGAAGAAACCAUCAAAACUGCCGCAGAAAAGAAUAACUUAACUCCGAUGUGUGUUAAAAAAUUGUUAAAGAAAAUCGUCGUCAAUGACCAUGUGUUUGCAAUAGUUCGAUUAAAAGAGGAAGAAGAAGCCAAGAAAUUAAGGAUGGAUGGGAGUAAACAACCGCAGAAUGAUGGCGACGAAGAUGAUGAAGAGAAGGAACAACCUGAACCAAAGUUAACACGUUUGAAGGCAAAACAACUAAAGAAAGCACCAUCAUUUCGAAUAGCAUCAUUGAAUGAACCAACUCCAGAUGAGGAGGUAGCAGCAUUGAUUCACCAAGAAUUAAGCUCAGACGAUGACGAUGAAGAAUACAAGCCGGCAGAAGAUGAAACUGCGUCCGAUGAAGAUCAAAAUACGACUGUAUCGGACGUCGAUUCACAGCCCAGAACACCGAUAUCGACAGCCGCAUCCAUUGAACAAGACCACCAGUCCGAAGUACAGUACACGAAAGAUGGACUGUUCAAGAUACCGAAACCACGAAAUGAUAGUCAUUGUUCGCAAUCCGAACAAGAGCAUGAACAGGAAAACAUUGCACUACGGACAAGAUCAAAAUUGUGCCUCUCUACGACUGCAAUCGAGACACUAGAAUCUACAUUCAUACCGCCUGAUAUUACGAACGAUAUGUAUGAAUAUGAUGGAGAAAUGGAUCAAGCAUGGAAAGAUUUUUUAGAAGAAUUUACGAAACCGCUACCUAACAAUCUAGAAGAUGACGAUGAUAACGAUCCAGAAUAUGUUGCGACUGAAGGAAUACCACAUGAUCCCGAGGAAAUGCGGCCAGUGAAAGUGUCCAAAAAAGAGCUUAAUGAGUUGGUCAUGGAGUUGAUGGAAAUGGGUGGAACCGAUGAUCAACUGCUAGAGCAAACUUUGACUGAAACUAUCAACGAAUCUCUAAACUGCCAAUUGGAUGACCGUUCCGAAAUGUUGAGCACACCGGUACCGGAGAUGGGAACUGAUUCUUUGAUGCGAUCCGAACAAUUUCCUUCCGUAUCAAUAUUACCGUCGCAAUCAUCAACCAACGAAGCAAUUCACGCAACCCAGCUGUUGGACAAUAGACAGACCGACUAUGGUUCGACAACUAUGGGCACUUCCGCAUACAUGCCAUCUCAAGGAGAUCAGAACAUGCCAAUGGUACAGUACAGUGUAACUACCGGUAUGGAUGCACCUCUAAAUUCUUCGGGUGCGAGCAUGCUAACGAGCUCGGAAGAAGUGAACGGUCAAAAUGAAUCUGUCAAACACACGUUUCUGCCGGAUGGUUCAGCAAAGCCUAAUUUUUUUGUGAAAAGCUCUUACUUGGAGGAAGUAUCAUUACAGGAUGAUACACUACCGUGCACAAUGGUUUAUAAAAAUGAAAAGCGAUACCGAAUUCACUCUUCAACCGUUCCAAUAGAAGUGAACAUAUCAGAUAAGGAAAUGGGAAUGAAUGAUAUUCAGUUGCAACUACUGCAUCAACAGCUCCGUAUGCAUGUGCAGUUGGCCACACAAAACUUUCUACAAACAUACGAACACCCUGUAUUCAACAGCAUGGCCUCAACGUUUAGAAAUAUGCUUAUCGAGCUCGAGGACAUUGGAAAGACGAAGCCAAAUGUAGUUCCCUGGAAUUUACCAUUGGCAGCAGAGUGUUGUGAAAAUUGGGAAAAACAAAUGGCAGAGAAUGGUAGCGAUAUGAAGUCGUUGAAGAAAUACUGGAAUGAAGAAAUAGCUCGUGAGGAGAAGGGUAAUGAACGCAGAUACAUUUAUCGCAGCGAAUUGCACUGGCUUGUUAAAGAAGCAAUCUUAUACAGCAAAGCAUUCAUAUACCCAUCCUUGAUACCUUGGAAAGCUUUUCGCUCUUUUAGGUCGUUACAGUCCCAGAGUCAUUUCAACUCCGAAAGACACCUGUUUGCUAUUUGGCUCGAGCGAGGUUUCAACCAUUUGAAGAAGCUAAAAUCUACAAAAGGCAAACCCUCGAUGGCUCGUGUGUGUGCAUAUGCGGGCAAAUAUUUGUGUCCAACGCGGAAUAUGAAUGGUUUGAAAAGUUUAUUAUAUAGAUACAAACCAGUGCCUGGAAAACCGUUAGACGCUAUAGGGUAUUUUAUUCAAAACGGUCAUGCACCACCAUUUGAUCAUGUGCUAGAAGUGUUUGAUCCUGCUAAGAUAAUUCUACUGUCACAGUAUCACAAAGGCACCCUUCAUUAUAAUUGGGAAAAUGAUAUAUUUACCAAAAGAAAGGGACGCCAUACGAGGCAACGGAGAAAAUCAUCCACAAAGCAGCUUAUCGCUCCAAAUGAAUCUUCACAAGCACCAGCGUCCGAAAACGGGCCGAAAGAAUCAGAUUUGCUUCUCAAUGUAACUGUGUUACUUCCGGUGGAAUCUGGGCAGACUACAAAUGGCAGAGAGGAUGGUAUUUCGUUGCAAAACAGUGAAAAACCAACGAUAAAUCAAGUGAACAGUGAUACACAGCCUACGGAAGUGGUUGCGAUACCGUAUGGUAAAUUAGUGGUGAACGUCGUAGAUAAAGGUUCGGUUCAAAACACUAGUAAUAACAUUUAUGCCGACAGUGACACAGUGGCCACUGAUGUGAUAAAUGCAGAGACAUACGAAACAACCUAUACGUUUCGAAGGGUGGAAAAUCAAGAAAAAUCUUUGUCUGUGAUAACGGAGUGUGAAAGUGAUGGCAAAAGAACUGAAAGCAAAUCAUUCAAAGCCAAUCGCCACCGUAGCCAUGCCACGGAUGCUGCUGCUAAGGAGUGUACAUCUUUGGCGGGUCAAGUUGUUGGAAAAGUUAAUAAACAGCAUGGAAGUUACUCUCGGUCAGCCGCAGUCGCUACACUGUACUCUGCCAUGAAGCGGUACUUACAAGUGUUAAAGAACGAAGUGAAACAAGAGUUUGCGGCUACGUUUCGUUCUCAGGCAAAGGAUCCGAUUUCUCGAGUGUAUGCCCACGUUAAGCAAUUGGAGAUCUAUAGUCGAUUUCUAGAUGAACUGCGAAAAAUGAGUGAAGAUUGUGCGACAUAUCGAUACAAACCCCUGCCACAAUGUUACUUUCAGCAGCCGCAGCACGGUUUACUACGGCUGUCAUGCAAACAUCGCGCUGAUGGCAGUUUCAUCAUAGGUGCAGAAUAUAUUACGGAUCAAUUCGACGAUUAUCAGAGCAUGGACGACAAGGAUGCCUGUUAUGCCUUUAAUUAUUACGAGAAAGUAGAGGAAACGCUACUCGCAUCCGAUCGGGCCGAUCUACUGGAGCGCUUCGAACAAAUUCUGCGGGACUUUGACGAGAUCGAAGAUCGCGUGUCUUCGCUGUACUAUCAGAUUGAAGAUUUGUUGGGUGAAAGUUUUCCGCAAUUGGUUGACGCGUUUCUGACCUUUCUGUUGCCUGGCCAGGCCGCCCAGGUUGGUAAGUUUUUCGAGCAUUUCAUCCUGACGAACAUGGGAGACUUUCUGGAGAAGCUGAACGUGUUUUUCGCCAAACAGCCAGCGCAGAUUAAAAAAAUACAUGCGUGCCUAAAUGAAUUAUCGAACGAGUCGGAAGUUACCAUGGACCAAGUGAAAUUGAAAGUAUUACCACUGCUCAAGGGCAGUACGCUAUUAACCGAAUGGUUUUUACAGCUGUUCCCAGGCGAACGGCCACCAGAAUCACCCAUCAGCGACUAUGAGCACAUAGCGAUGAAAAAGUAUCUGAUGAAUGAUAGCUGUGAUGCAGGGACAGUUUAUGAGCAUAUUUCUUACACCGAAACGCUUCCGGACGGACCGGAAAAUCCUUGCGCAUCCAACGGGAUACGAUACAUACAAGGAAGAAUUUUCCAAGGAGCUCUUCCGGCACGAUUGACCUUCCUUGCAAACAGUUGUGUGACAAGGGCGGUUGAUCAGACUACUGAAGAUGCUACGACUAAUGGUGACAAUUUGUGCGAUGAUUCAACCCUAAUGGCACACGCCAUUCGUCUGAACCCGUUGGUGCACUGCCGGAAAGGUAUUACGUAUGCCGAUGUUGCACACUUGCUGGUCGAGCAUAAUGAAGAUUCGGAAGUUGGAUCGUCGCCCGAAACUUCAAUUGCCGGCACGAAUGUGGAGGAUGUCGACGGCAAAACAGGCACCACUUCCAAAAAGCUAACACCAAAGCUACCAUUAAAAAAACGUUUCAAUUCACCAAUAUCACGCAAGGCGGGAAUUUCACCGGGCGAUGAAAAAUUAUCACCAGGAGGAAGCAACAAGGAGGCAACCACACCGAAAAAGCUGGCAACCCCUAGCCCGGUAACAAUACCUCCAGAUUCCAAAGCGUUAAUAGCGUCGAGAAAAUUGAGAACGCUUUUAGAUGCACCGCAAACCAGCUCUCAGGAAGAGCAUCAGCUCGCCGAGCCUUGCUCAAUUGAAGAGGAUUGCAAUUUAAAGGCAAGGUUGGAAGCUCCAGAACAACCAUUACCUACGGCGGAAGCAACUACAUGUAAUACAAACGGUGAAACCCAAGAGGAUCCCAAAGCAUCGACAGAAUCCAAACGCGCAGAGGAAGCUCCUAGCUGGACGAGAGAAGAGGAUAAAAUCAUUCUGCAAGAUAUAGUGAAGGGAUUCUCAUCGGUAGACACGUUCGUAAAGCAGAUUGGACAAAAAAUACCGGACAGAACUAGCGGGCAGAUAAGAGACAGGUUCGAAUUUUUGCACCGAAUGUUACGCCAGGUCAAUCAAAAAUGAACUGGGUUGGGAACAAUGUUGACGAGGGUUAUAAUUAAUUUUGUUCAGUGGCGUAUAGUAUUAUGUUGUAAAAAUCUGUAAAUAUAGUACAUGUAUUAAAUUAUAACUUUUAA